AUGUCUUCCACUGGCACAAUAUACCGCCUCGACCCUCGUCAUCUUGCCCCAGCAUCUCGCAUCCCUUCCGCAGGCCCCUACACCCUCACUCGCCUCCUCCCCCUGGCUUUGCAAUCACUCCACGAGCCACGGAACACGAACAGCCAGGCCGCAGCGCCCCCACGUCUAGGGAAAAGCCUGGAGGAGGGAGGGGGACAAAAGGGCAUCCCGAAGCCACUCUCAUGGAUCAACUUUUCCGACACGCUGCAUAAAGUCCCCCCCAUGUCCCAGACGUCACCCGACUCUCCAUCCCCAACUCUGGCACUCUCCUACGCCCCCACACACACUGCGUCCUUCAUGUCACACGCGUCAUCUUCGGCGGGAGGGAAGGGCGGGAGGAAACAAACAGUGUGGCGUGUGCAUACAGCGUUCCUGAAGGAGUAUCUAGCAUAUAGGAGUCUCUUGGCCACCUCGCGUCAUAGCCACACCUUCACGGCUAAGCACCAAUAUCCACACAAUCCCUACCGCUUCCCAUGCUCUCCUAUCCACACUUUAUAUUCUAGCCAUGCAUUCUACCACGCCACUCACACCACCACACCACCACAUACACCAUCAAGCCACACCACUCUCCUGCCCAUCUUACAUCCUCGCCACACCUCACACAUUGCACACUACCACACAUUCACCACAUCUUAUCAUACCACACCACGCUAUACCUAUCUAUCACAGACAACACCACAACACCACACCCCUGAACACCUCACAUCCUCACCACAUCCUCAAACUCUCCACGUUGCACACUACCACACAUACACCACACCACAUCACUAUACCUUUUUUACCACACCACCACCACACCACCACACCACCAUAUACACCCAACAAGCUACACCACUCUUUUGUCCACCUCACAUCCUCCCUCAGGCCCUCACAAGCCCUCCAGCAGCGUCCUUGUAUCCAAUCACGGUGAUACGAAAUUUCCCUUGA